UCAUUAGCUGCUGUUUCAUUAUAUAAUUGGUUAGGUCAAGAAACUGGCAUUUAUAUAUCAUUAACUGAUCUUCUUCAAGGACUUUCAAUUGAAACGAUUGCAACACUUGUUUAUAAUAAACUUAAUGAAAAAGAACAAACAAAAUCAUCAGCUGCAAAAGAACAAGAUUCAGAUUUUGAUUUAGUUAAUGAAAAUGAAGUUCAAUUUUCUAAUACAUCAACAUAUACUGGUUUAGAAAAUAUUAUUUGUCUACGUCGUUCGAAUCAAAAUAAUACUUCAACUCUUUUUUGUAUUACUCAAAUAUCAAAUGAUAAUAAUAAUGAAGAUUUAUUUACAUUAUUUAUUCAGAAAUUAUCUAAUCAAAAAAAUAAAAUAUCAUCAAAUGAUAUGUAUGCUUUACAAAUAUCAUCAUCUCUUUCUUCAUCCUCUAUAUCUACAUAUGCUCAAAAUCUUAUUACACAAAUGCGUCGUAUUCAAUCAUGUGGAUCUUAUCAAAUAGUAGCUAUUAGAAAGAAACCAGAAGAAACUAUUGCUCAUGAAAUAUAUGAUGGUUUAUUAAUUCUUCAAAUUGAUUCAACAUCUUUCUUUAAAAAAACUCUUUCUACGCAUACCGAUAAUCUUCCAUCGGCACAUAUUCUAACAGGUCAUCCAUCAUCUUCCAGUACUACUUUAUCCACUCGACAGAUAUCUGUUCUUGAUAUAAUUGUUGAAUUUCUUCCCGAUGAUACACAACAAACAUCUUCAGUACCAACAACAACUGAUACAGAUAAUGAAUUAGUUAAUACAAAUUUAAAUGAUACUAUUGAAAAAUCUCAUACACCAAUUCCAUUGGAACAAACAACAACGAAAAAAACCAUUUAG